GUCUUCCAAGUAUUUUUUCUUUUCAAAACAGAAACUUCCAUUUCUCUACUUUCUUCUCACCUUCCAUUUCCCCUUUCAUUACCAUUUUUUUUCCUCUCACUUCUUCUUCCAAGAAACUCACCUUGUCCCCAAGAUUCAACUUCCCUACCCCCUUUAUAUAUAACUUACCUAAAUUGGGUUGUCAAGAUACCAAACAAGAAAGAAAAGAAAAGAAAAAGGGUUUUUUUUUGGGUUAUAAUGGAUGUGCAAAAUGUGCAAAGCAAGAGAGAAUUAGUGAGAAGAAGAGGAAGUAGUAAUAACAAGAAGGCACUCAAGGUUGUUUACAUAUCAAGCCCUAUGAAGGUUAAGACGUGCGCCUCCAAAUUUAGGGCUCUUGUGCAAGAACUCACCGGAAAAGACUCCGACACCGCGCGUAUGAUGGAAGUAAAUGGCGGCGAGUAUUCUCCGACUGUUUCAGAGCAAAGUCCGGUUGAUGACCGGGGAACGUGGUCGGGGAAGGAGGAGUUGUUGCCGGUGGAUUCCGUGUUUGGGGAGAGAUAUGAAGAUCAUAACUUUCUUGUGCCUCAAAUGAAUGAGAGCUUCUAUGGGAUGCUCCCAUCAAAUUUGUUCGUUGAGAAUUCUCAAUUUGAUGCACUUAGAUGCUUUGGUGGUCCAUAAGCUUUGUGUUGAUUCAUUGAUCUCUUGAGCUCAUAUGAGCUAGCUUUAGUCAUAUUUUUGUAGUUCCUUUGUAAUUAUUCAAACUAUAAUUGGUUUUUUUUAAUUAUAGUGUUGGUUAUUGAAAAUGCAUUUAAUCUC